CAAGGAAGAACCACCACGAGGCGACAUUAACAUUCUGAAAUUACCCAUUUUUUUCCCUACACAAUGCCAAAGGUUACUGUGUAUUUCAAAUAUAAUCUUGAGAGACCAAACUUUGAACAUGACAUGACUGUGUGAGGUACUUUCCAUGAAUGAUUUAUGCACAUAAUGUUUGCGGAUGUCGUGUAUAGGACUAGUCAUUAGGACGCACAGAAGCCUGGUUUCGCUUGUAUUUGUCAUCUGAUUUUUGAUUAAACAUUAUUAUAGUGGACUCUUCAAACAGUUCUUCAGUUUUUGUUCUGUGACGAAGAUAAUUACCAUGGAUGUUGGUAGAGUAAUGGGCAUCUUCAGCGGACUUCACAAUGGGGACAACAGUACCCCAUCGCCCCCAAAUGUACAACUGACCGCCUCUACAAACUGCACCCGUGGCCCCGACUGGACACUCUUCAUUCAUUGUUGUUUACCACCCUCGCUGAUAAUUCUCCUGAUUCUAAGCUUCUUUGGGAAGAUGUACAACUAUCGCCUGAGAUCACUCUUUGGCAUCAAACAUCUUGCCGUUGUCUUUCCCAUCAACCUGCUCGAUGACCACGAGCAUCGGUGGUCGCAUGCCUUGGCUUUCGGCGCCACAGCCUCCAUCAUCUUCGAUCUAUUCUCAGGGGACUACACCAGUCUCUAUCUCAACACAGACACCGUCGAACCAUGGCUCAAAAUUUUCCUGGGUCUUGUGGCGACCAUUGAGCUCGGGACCAUUCUCUUUCCAUUCUUUGCCUGUAUCUCCUCGCCAUCAGCCUUAGUCGGCUCUCUCCUCGGGUUCAUCUACGUAGCCAUAUGGUUCUCUGUGCAGUUAGCACACAUCAUCACCUGUCCAAAUAUUGACGGAGGAGAGGGUUUUCCAUACGAGAGCGUCGUCAUCCAGCUUCCCGUGCUCGUCUUCACGUUCCUCCUCAUGAUCAGGUUUCUUUACUUCCUCAUCUAUUCCAUAAUGAGGAAGAUACAGAACACAAAGAUAUCGAGUGAAGAGAAAUUGAUGCAGUCUUACCACGCGCAGCACGUGCAGGCUCUUCUACGACCACCGCUUCCUCCAAAAAUCUACACGAAGAAGUGGGAGCAGAUAGCGUAUCACUGGUAUGAACCAACGCAGAACUUCAUCUACCCAACAAGAAUUAUCUGCACCUUUGUUGUUGCUGUACUUUGUGAAUAUCAGGUUGCUAUCAGGACCACAUAUGGCAUAGACCAAGCUCUUAGUAGGGCUUUCAUGAAGUUUCGAGAAUGGUACACCGUCUUUGUGAUAAGUGAGGAAAUACCACCUGCCACAGCCAACCAGACAUACCUAGCCCUAGAUCGCUAUGAAAUGGCGGCUCAUGUAUCAUGGUACCUGGCCUGUGCGUUGUCCAUCGCUAUAUCUCUCUCUUAUAUCACGCACAUCUUCGUAUGUUUCAGAAAACACGUUUUGAGGCUGUACAAGGGAGAUCGGCAAUUCUUACCAGAUGCGCCCCUCAACUCUGUGAAGAGUAUGACUGGGAGCUUGCAAUAUUGUGGAUUUCAAAUCGCCUAUUAUCUGUCAGGUUACGUCAUAAUGAAUGUGACCUCCUUCGCGGUCCUGUAUGUGAUAAGCGGCGCUGUGGUCAUACCCCUCAUGCAGAACGCUUGGGCUUUCGUAUCUGGCUUCCUCAACGUCGUCGUACCUCUGUUUGCAGUAGCCUUCCUGGUGUUCGGCAGCCAGCCUAUCCUGGCCAAACGAGUCUUCCUUCAACCAAAGCUAGAUCAAAAUGACAAAGAUAAACCACUGGCGCUUCAACACAGGGAUUUUUAUCAUAUUUUCUCCUACUUCUUGGUGUUUCUCAACGUGCUUGUUGGGAUGCUAUCCUGUGUGAUUCGAAUCCUGACGGGUCUCUUUGUCGGUGUCUUUCUCUUGUGCCGCAUUGAUCGUCCAAUCUUGAUGAGAGGUUAUGAACAUCUAGAUCAAUCUUACCAGGCCUACAUCGGCAACCUCAACAUGAUCAACGCCCACAGUCACCCCGUGCUCGUCGUCUUCUGCCAAAUCCUUAUCAACCGUACCAUCAGCCGCAAGAGAGCUAAGCUGGGGCGGGCCAGGGCGGGGACUGACGUUACGGCAUCAUACAGCUUCGUGGAGCACGAUAUCGAUCGCUCUAUUGCAAAGACAAAUUCAUUUGAAGUAGUCAACUACGGCAGUACAAAUAACAGUUCAGGCACACUUGGCAAGAGCAUGUCUCCACACGCUCGAGCGAUAAUGCGAUGGCAGCUCGCCUACACACUCCUCUUCAACCCCAGCCUCCUCGGCACCCGGAAACGUUCACGCCAGAUGACCUACAAGGAGAUGGAGAAACGCAUCCUCAAGGUGGCAACGCUGCUUCCGCACCGCCAACAGGUCCUCAAGCGCUCCCAAGCGGCACUCUCAGGGGAGCAAGUCGGGCUGGUAGGCCUAGGAGCCGCUGUAAGGGUUCGACCCGCUCCAGGGCUUUACACGAAGCACCAUGAGGAUGACAAGCUGGCCGCCAUGCUGCUCAACCGCGAGCUCAUGGCAGACCAGUCUGACAUCGGAGAGGAAACACAAGCUGAGAUCAGCGACGUUGAAGUUGCAGAGGCCGAACUGAAGACCGACUCCAAGGUCAUACGAGGUCAGGAGAGUGGCGUUGAGAAAGAUGCCAAGUUGAAGAGCGGUAUCAAAGACGCUGACAUUGUUGUAAACAAUGGACAUCGUGAUUCAAGUAGCACACGAGAAGCAGAUGAAUUGAAGGAGUUGAAAGACCCAUCCGAAUUUAAACAAGGUUCGCAUACAUCUCAAGAUACUAAUAAGGAUUUAAGGAGAGAAUCUCCUCACAACGAACGAGCUUCCAAUAAUAGCAUUAAACAUGAUGGCGUCCAUCUUGACGACCCGUCGUCAUCGAGCACGGAACAUCACGAUCACAUUGACCCGAAAGGCCACUAACUUGUUGAGAACUAUGACAUUUCAGAAAUGUCAAAUCCAAGUUGACGACUUAGCCUUCUUUAGCACGAAUUGACACAAGGAUAUGACAUUCGUGAAGACUCUGGUUGCAACUCUGUACUUUUUUCUUUGUGCACCUAUAAUAGACGUUCUAAGAUAGAUAGACUGCAUCAUAGUGCAUACACAGAUAUACUACAUGCUCCAUUCAUUAUCAUCAUCAUCGCUAUACACACCCAACCCCCUCCCCCGCACGAAUAUAAAUGAUGGUCAGUCGUCCCGAAUAUUGACUGAUUUUCGUUUUUUUAUUUUAAAGCGCCAAGUGAGUGUGCUUUUGAUCAACUCUGAUGUCAGGCCAAAAACUUCCCACUUAUAGUUUAGUAUAUAGAAGCGGAUAAUUAUUUUAAACAAAUCUGUAUGAAGGUGUCAUAAGGUCCUAAUUUUUCUAGCAUCCAAAGAUGACACUCCUUUAAUCUUGCAGAUGUCGCUUUAAGAAAUCCAAGAAAAUAUUCCUUCAUAAUCCUUUUGAGUCAAAAGGGCGCCUUAUAAAAACGUUAGAAGAUUAUUAUGAAACAGUGAUCAGUUUGGUAUUUGAUAACUUGCAUCAUAAUUCGUGGAAGU